AUGUCACUCCCCUUCGGUCCUCGGCGGGCUCUGUGGCUCCGCGCACAGCACGCACGUCCAUCCUGGACCGGCAGGGGGUUCCGCGCAGGGAUCCCGAGCUGCCCGCGCCUCAGGCACAGGCGAGGGCGCAGCCUCAGCCCCUCAUUGUGCCGCCAGGAGGAAGAGACGCGGAGCUGGAGGCCAUGGAACUGCUCCUUCCGCCCGCGGAGGGGCCCCCGGCUGCCCGGGUCGUGCGCGGGGCUCCGCCGGGUGGCCCGGGGCCUCUCGGACGCCCAGGCCGUGCUGAGCAGCCUGCCCAGCCCCGAGCUGUUUCCCGGCGUCGCCCCCACCCUGGAGCUGCUGGCGUCGGCGCGGAGGGACGUGGAGGCCUGCCUCCAGCUGGCGCGGCCAGGCUCCUCGAGGAAGGGCCCGAGGGCACCCAGGAGGCGUCCGCACCGGCGGAGAGGGGACUCGCCUGGGUGCCAUGAAGCCACAAUCGUCUUCAACCUCCUGCGCCUGCUCGCGUGGGACCUGAAGCUGGCGGCGCGCUCGGCGCCUUGCCUCUGA